CACCGGAACAUGGAGGGAUACUGGGAAGCAGCUAACGGUCAUGGACCGCAUUCUUUGAAAUAUGAAAGUGAGGCAAGCGUGCCCGGCUACACGUACUGCGGCGAACCGGGGCUCAACUUUUCCACCAACAACAACACCUACAGCGAGGACGAUGCCGAUUUUCCCCCAGGACGGCGGGGCAAGACGUCACGGCAAGAUCCACUGUCACACCGGAUCAUCGAAAAGCGACGCCGGGAUCGGAUGAACUCCUGCCUGGCGGACCUUUCGCGGCUCAUCCCGCAGCAGUACAUGCGCAAAGGUCGGGGCCGCGUGGAGAAGACGGAAAUCAUCGAGAUGGCGAUCCGGCACCUGAAGAACCUGCAGAACCAGGAGUGUGGCCGGGAGACAUCGUGCGGCGAGCAGUACCGGCUCGGGUACAACGACUGCCUGACCGAGGCGGCCAAGUUUAUGCUGCGCGAGCGUGGCGAAGAGAUGUGCUACCGGAUGGUGGCGCACCUGAAGGAGCACUGCAAUGAGAUUAUGAAGGGUGAAAUGAUUAAGUCGCGAUGUGGUGUGGAGAUGGCAAACGGCGGAAGCCCCAUCUAUCUGGCGAACGGACCGAUCGGGCAGCACUUGCGCGAGAUGCUGACCUGCCCGUCGGACCUGGAGCACAGCAGCAACGACCAUCACGACGUGAAGGAUCUGAGCUUCCGCAGUGCGACCAGCAGCAGUAGCAUCAACAGCAGCAACAAUCCGCCCCAGGCCGCCGUCAUCACGUCGACGGCGCCGAGUGUGCAGCAUCUGGACACGUCGAGCAACCACUCGACGCAGGACUACGACGCCCCGUCGCCACCGCGCAUCGUCGGCGGUCUGCAGCAGGACACGAACAACAACAUCAACCACCAGCACGAGAGCGUCCUGCGUACGAUCCGGUCGCGCAAUCUCUCGGAGCACGCGUCCCCCGAGCACGAGCAUAGUCACAACAGCUACAAGUUCAAGAACUACAUUCAGCAGCGGUUCUCGCAGGAUACGCACGAGAACGGCCACUCGAUCGACCAUCUCGAUCGCAGUCCAGGGUCGGCGCACGGGGACGACCACCACCAUCACCAUCUGCAGCAGAGCCAGCCGUCGCUGCGCGCUUCCCCGAUGACAAACGGUAGCAGUACCAGCAGCGGAAGUCUCUGCUCCGCGCCGGAAUCGAAGACAUCCAGCACGGUCACAAUGAAGUCGUCGACCGUUGCGUCCUCCUCCGACGAGCCGCUCUCGUUGAAGCGCAAACUUCCGCCCACCAGCAGCGAACUGGCUUCGAUCUCUUCCAACUCUGGUGGCCACUUGGUGGACGCUCACCAAAGUCAGCAGCUGAUGGCAGUCGCGGAAAGUGUUCACCCGCUGGAGAAGAAACUAGCGCUCGCCAAGAACGGGCUCACGGUGGCCGCUUCGUCCGCCGCCGUCCCACUUCCGGCGACCGAGAUCAAGCACGAACUGAUGGCCGCCGGAAGUGGAGCUGGCGGUGUGCUAACGCUCGGCGCUUCGGCGACCCCCGCGUUCGCUCACCAGCAACAGCACCAGCAGCAGCAGCAACAACAGCAGCAGCACCAUCACCAUCACAGUUCCUACCAUCCGGUGCCGAUCUUCGCCUGCCAUACGCAGGGUUUCUACGUGCCGCUGAACGUGGACUACGAAACGCUGCUGCCAUACCUGAACGGGAUCGAUCUGCUGAGCAAGGGCUUCCUGCAGCUGCCGCCGCUGCAUCCGAUCAGCAUCAGCGUCAACUACAGCCCGGCGACCAUCGGUGUCGGCAACCCGGCGAGCGGCGCCAGCCUGCUAAUGAAAGCCACCGUCAACGGGCUCCAUCCGCAAACGAAGACGAAGCUGGUCGAAGGAAUCAUCAGUGGCUGCUAGACGGGUGGGAGAGGGCAGGAUGACCAUUUCCUAAACGUUCCCCUCGCCACCCCCUCGGUCUGCGAGGUGCAUGGGCUGCAUAUUCCAAACCAUACACAAAGUCAAACAGAACGCCCACGUAUAGUGCAUUUUUUUUAAAUUAAUUGUUCGCCGGUAUGUUCGUGUGUCUCCUGAGUCGGUGUCGAUCGUGUGUGUGUGUGUAUGUAUCCUUGGUGUAUCAUGUCGUUGUUAUACUGGAAUAUACUAACAUCAGAUCGGUCUAGUGUAGCAGCAAGUAACCACACCAAUAGAGCUGAGAGCGUGGCGUCACCUUACUUGCUGGAUAUUUCGGCAGGUGUCCCUGGAGAGGACUGAAAACGGAAGAGAACAAUAUCGUAAUCAUACACAUUAUGUAUAUUUAAAUUGAACUCAGGUAAACCCCUUCCCGUAGGUGGUGUACGUACAAGUUACAAGCCGUUAGUGUUUGAAGUAGGGAAAAGCAUAAGAAAUGUGUAUCCCAUGUCAGCCAACUGUACCGCGAACGGAUGGCCAUGUUUUCCAGCGAACAGAAGGGAUGGAUUCGAACGAAAAGGAAGCUUCACUAAACUCCACAAGAACUGUUCUACAUGUGUUUACAUCGGUAGGGUAGAGUAGAUGAAAACACGCCAUCCUUAGAAGAACCCAAUCGUUGUGUAUUGCAAGGGACAAAAUCGAGCCACCGUUGGGAGGUUUCGGGCGCGUUCCAGUAGUCUUACCAUGUCCCCUUUACUAAGCCUGGGACUCCGUUGAAGGAGGGUAACAAAUGUUUAGCAAUUUUUUUUUUCGUUUGUUUCUCUUUUAUUUUGGGUACCGUCAAGAGCACACACACGUUUAAUUUCUAUUUCGUUUUCGUCAUACUUUCUUAAUCAAGGACAAAUAAUCUGUGAUACUGUGCAACAUAGUAGGAAAACGUAAAGUAAAACUCACAGGAGGAUGACGCGCGGGUGGGCGGGCGGGCGGGCAGGCUGGAUAGUGCCAGGAAAAACGGCAAGAAAACCGAUCGAUCAGGCAUCCGAUGGAAGGGACUGUACAUAAUAGAGAUGAACCAAACAGGCAAGGAGCAAAAUAUCGCCGGUUGCGAUGCAUUUGUUGCGUCACCUUACUGAAAAGACCACGGGAAAACAAGUGAUAGAACGCGAACGCGGGGAAUAAGUGAACAAGGAACCACAAGAAAAUUACAAAACACAGGGUACUACGAAGGGUGGGUGUCGAGGGCUGCGAAGAACGGAAAAUGUGAGGAAAAGCGAACCGAACAGUAGAUACAUUGAUUACUUUUUCCGCCCGUUUCUGCCAUAAUAGCGCUUCGGAAGCGACUUGUACCUUUUUGAUCGAUUGCGUGAACUAAUCGUUGGUGAUGACGAAGACGUGCGUAAUAAAUGCAAACCCCUCUUUUGUAUAACAACAGACAAUUAGUCCUGAGGUGACUUUUUUACUUUUUAGUCUUUUUUAUACAUUAAAUAUACUGAACCACACAAGUAUCUGAUAAAUCAACAUGCAGAAUGCAAAUAUUGAAAUAAAAGAGGAACCGCGGAAGAAAACUGUUGCAUAGGUUAGCAAAUACAAAGCCGCUUAAAACAGAGGAGAGAUAAAAGCAUAUAUCCAUAUACAUCUAUCUUAAAAAGAAUUGUGAAAAAAAUGUA